AUGGUCGUAAUGAGCGACCAACCGGACCGCUCUGUGGCCCCGACACUGGCCCCGGAGCCGCUUCCCAAAGACUCCCGAGGGAUCCGGGGGCCCACGUGUGAGGGGGAGAGUGAAGGCCAGCGGAGGCAGAGGAGGAGACAGACUGCAGAGAGUCCAGUCUCUGUAGCAAACACCAAAACAUCUCCUGGGACGAGAUUGAAACCAGUGGAGCCGCUUUUCCCCGUGUUUACUGCAGACAACUAUGACACAAAGUUUGACAGAAAAAAACCAAGCCAGAUUUCAAAGACAAACGCGCAGUAUCAUAAGUUAUUUAAAGAACUAAUCAAAGAUGAAAUCCUCAAGCAAAGCUAUACGUGUGCUCUUCAAAGAGAUAUUUUAUACCAAGGAAAAAUGUUUGUCUCGGAAAACUGGAUCUGUUUUCACUCCAAAGUUUUCGGUCGCGACACUAAGAUUGCUAUCCCAGUCACAUCCGUAACAUUUAUAAAGAAGACAAAGACGGCUCUGUUAGUGCCCAAUGCCCUUGUUAUAGAAACGACACAUGAGCAGCACGUAUUUGUGUCUUUCCUGUCUCGUAACACCACAUUCAAACUCCUGAAGUCUCUGUGCAGCCAUCUGGAGGUGGACAAGGCGUGUAGCAGCCCAGUCGUUUCCUCUUGUGAAAACAGCUUCAGAGUGAGGUGUCCUUCUCCUCUUCCUCUGGACUUCUCUGCAGACUUAUGUGACUUGGAUGGAGUGGUGCAGCAGCGACGACAUGAUAUUAUGGAAAGUAGCAGCACCGGAUCCCAGACUCCAGACUCGGACAAAAUGACAGAAUUUGCUGCUCUUCAAAACUCUUUCCUAACGGCGGUGAAGAGCAGCGAGGUUUCAGCGCGUGCGGACGUGCAUCUCCCGUCUCCGAGCCAAAAUCACACAGCUACACUGAAAAACGGACCGAUAAAGACGUUUCGGCCCAUUCCUCACGAUAACUCAAGACUUUCUCGCGCCGUGUCAUUCCACGCCAUUCUUUUCAUCUGUUUAUUCUUAGUAAGUGUCCUUGUCCUCUCCUCCUGUUACAUGGCGUUUAAGAUCGUGGCUCUUGAGCAUCGCUUGAACUCCUUGUUGUCGAGGGGAGAGCAGUUUCCCAGCCAUCACAAACCCCAGGACGAUGUGAAUGCAGGUGUAUAUGGAGAGCUGUCUACCAAUUUGUUGAAAUUGGAAAAGAUUCAAAGAAAUCUUCAAAAGCUUCUUGACGAGACACUAAACGCUGACAGGAUGGCCACACAAGAACCGUCCCCUCCCUCAUCCAUGGAGAGCAAUAAACCCGGGUUUCCCAAAAAGAUUCUUGGCAACCAGUUGGAGGACAAACAUCUGUGCAACUGCUGCCACAACAUCCUCAGACGCCCGGUUCAGGCUCAGUGUGGACACCGCUUCUGCUCCUACUGCUUCAACAGGACAGUCAACAAUGGGCCGCAGAAAUGCAACGCAUGCAUCAAAGAGGAUUUGUUUGAAGAGACGACAUCGAUUCUGAAACAAGGAUGUGCUUUUCCAGACAACGCGGUCCGGAGGGAAGUGGAAAGCCUAUCAGCCGUUUGCGUCAAUGACAGUUGCACUUGGAAAGGCAGUAUUAAAGAUUAUGAACUGACCCACGAAGGGAAGUGUGAGUACAUGGUCAUCCCCUGUCCAUCCUGUAAAGAGAGAAUACGCUUCAAUGAGCAGGAGCGGCACAAUGAGCGCGAAUGCCCAGAAAGGACACUCAACUGCAAGUACUGCAAGGAACCAUUUCACUUCAAAAACAUCAAGGCCCAUGACGAGAUCUGUCCCAAGUAUCCCAUGAUCUGUGAAGGAUGUGCUAAAAAGAAAAUACCCAGGGAAAAGUAUGUGGACCAUAUUAAGUUUUGCAGCAAAUUCCGAACUCCCUGUCGGUUUCACGUGGUGGGAUGUGAUAUGUCGGUAGAGAAAGAAAAGAUUCAUGACCACGAGCGUGCCUAUGCCUACGAGCAUCUCAAUCUCCUCCUUCACUACAUCAUGGGUAUGAAAGUCAGCAUGGAGGGCAUUCAGCCUCAAGGACUGGAGUUGGCCGGACACAAACUGGUGGAGCUCCAGCAGUCUCUGAAGGAGCUUGAGGCCAGAGUGUCCCAGCUCAGUACCGCCACUGUUCCUCCCGUGCAGGGAGCAACUGCCUCCUCCUCAUCCUCCACCUCCGCUGCUCUGCCACCGCCCACUUUGGCCCCAACGCUGUCGGUGUCCACGUCAUUUACCCCUCUGCCCAGCUCAGUCGGAGCGGCUCUGGAGCUCCAACUCCACAAUGAGAAGACCAAAGUGGCUGAACUGGGACGCAGAUGCACUGAAUUGGAAGUCAAGUCUGGAACAUUUGAAAAUGUGGUUUGCGUUUUGAACCGAGAGGUAGAGAGGUUUGCAACGACACUGGAAGCAAGUAAUCGACAACAUAAACUGGACCAAGAUAAAAUUGAAGCUCUCACUAAUAAGGUGCGACAGUUGGAGCGGACUGUGGGACUCAAGGACCUGACUGUGGCAGAGAUGGAAGGCAGACUGAGAGAGAUGUCAGCCACGACAUUUGAUGGUGUGUUCAUCUGGAGAAUUUCUGACUUCGCAAAAAAGCGUCAAGAUGCAAUUGCCGGCCGAGCUCCUGCCAUGUUUUCUCCCGCUUUUUACACAAGCAAGUACGGCUACAAGAUGUGUCUGAGGAUCUAUCUGAAUGGAGACGGAACAGGACGUGGCAGCCACUUGUCCCUGUUCUUUGUUGUGAUGAGAGGGUUGAGCGAUGCGCUGCUCAAAUGGCCUUUUAACCAGAAGGUGACACUGAUGCUCCUGGAUCAGAGCAACAGAGAGCACAUCAUUGAUGCUUUUCGGCCUGACGUCACUUCCUCAUCCUUCCAGAGGCCUGUGAGCGAGAUGAACAUUGCUAGCGGAUGUCCACUCUUCUGCCCCCUGUCCAAACUUGAUGCCAAGAACUCGUAUAUCCGUGACGAUACAAUCUUCAUCAAGGCGAUAGUAGAUCUGACAGGUCUCUAG